AUGCCGUCGCACAUUCACGAGAUAGCCGAGAAGCGCGAGCAGCAGCUGGACCAGUCCAGCGAGGAGAGCCCCGCCCAGGCAUGGGACAAGAACAGCAAGGAGAAGGAGGGCGGCCACCCGACUGAAGGCGCGACGGCAGUCCACAAGCUGGCGGACAAGCGCGAGGAUCAGUUGAAUCAGGCAGGGAAGGGGGACGGCAAUGCUGCCCCGGCCACCGAGUGGAAGGAGGGACAAGAUGCGAAGAUCUCGGCACCGGCUUCUCAAGUAGGUCACGAGGCUGGCUCUACUGGCGGCAUCGCCCCAGCGCCUGCCCAUCCUACUAGACCUACCGAGGCCUGA